GGUCUUAAUAUAAUCUAUAACCAAAAAUGAAUUUGUGGAAUCGUUCAAUGAAAAUAUUCAGUUGCUGAUGAUAAUUUAUUUCCUACGUUGUAGGCACUGCAUUUUUCAAAUUGACAUAACUUCAAAAAUUAACGUUAAGGAAAUCGGUUACUCAGUGGUUUUUAAAUAAGUUUUUGCUUUUUCGAGAGAAGAAAGAAUUAUAAGUCCAUAAAAUAAAUUGAAAAUUGUGCACAUUGUAUUUUAGAGUGUACUCCAAGGUGGGAGUGACAAGAGUUUUACACAUAUUACUUGCCACUAAUUGACCCAGUAUUUUUAUUUUUAUUGAUUAUUUUUAAAUCUUGAAAAUAUGAGUAAAGAAAACAAAGCUAAAGUUCCUGAAGUCAGAAUGACAAAAACAGCACGCUUACGAUUGUUAAAGGCGAACCCAAUCAUUAAAUAUCAAAUCCAAAAAACAAAUAACAUGGAAAUGGCUAAAAGUUUGAACUUGGAUAAUGUAUCACUCAUAAAAAAAUCAGUUGUAGAUAAAGCUGCAGGAAUUUCAUCAAAUAUUGAUAAAGAAAUGAAAGUGAGGAAAACUCUAAUACCUAACGAAGAAUCAAAGAAGUUUUCAAGCUCCAAAAUUAAGAAAGAGAAUCAGGAGAAAAAAAAAGAUCAAGUUAACCCUAUUAAAAUACAAACUUUGAAUAAGAAAGUGGUGAGACGAUCUAUGUCGGCUCCCCGUUUGAGACCAAAUAAAGAUAUUGUAAAGACAAUAACUGAGGACCAAGAAAUCAUGAACAGGUCAGUGUCCUUUGAUAACAUUCCACAUAAUUUGGUGAAUGAAGCUUCAAGAAAUGUGCAGACUCCUUCAGAUAAAAAAAAAACUUUCAAUGCAAGUGUGUCUAGUCAUAAAAAGUCAUUGUUUAAUCUUACCCCAAGUGCCCCACAGGAUUUAAGAAGGAGAUUGUCUGAUUGGUUGGAAAAAAGGAAUAAACUCUCCUCAUUCAAACAUCUCAAAUGUUUUGGUGUGCCUAAAAUUGAUUUGAUAGAAGAAGAAAAUAAGGAAAAUGUCAAUACCUCCCGUAUUCAAAGAGAAGGCAGCUAUGAAGAUUUAAAAAUUGAUAAACCUUUGUAUACCAAUGAGGAUGACACGACAUUAUUGUUCGCACCUUCUGAUUUAGAUAAAUUAGCCAGAGAAGCUAUGAAAGAUUUACAUUGCUUAAUGUCAGAGGGAUAUCCUAAAGAACAAUGUGAAGCAUGGUUGAAAAUUAUAUGUGUCAAGUGCCCUUCAAUUGUAGAAGAUCCACAGUACUGGGAAUGCAGAGCAACCUUAGAACAGUUUCGGGGAAAUAUUGGAUCUGCUGUAGAAUGCUAUAAAACUGCUGUUGUGCAAGGGGCAGAGGUAACUUCUGUUGAAGAGUCUCUUGAUAGAUUGUUGGAGAAAUUCAAACUAUUAGACAUUGAAUCUUCAUCAGAUCAAAAAGAACCGCAAAAAGAAAGAGUCAAAGCUAUGAAAGAUUUCAAAAAUGUUUUCACAUCUAUGAUUAUUAAAUUUGCUAUUCAGGAAAAAACCAUCAAGAACACGUCGAAGAAUAAGCACAACCAACAUGAAGUUCCUAAUUCAUCGAGUAGACUACUGGUUACACCUGUUCGAAGGAGCACUAGAUUGAGUAGGUCCCUCUACACUUCAACUCCGGGAACUAAACUUUGUUCUACCAUCCAAGAACUUAAUUCUGAUGAGAAACAAAAAAUGACGUUCCAACCAAACUCUGCUCUGUUGAACAUGUGAUAUGAAACACUGGAAUAUGGUGAUUACUCAACUUGGAUUUGGGAGAAAAAUUGUUAUAUAAUUUCUAAAUUAAGUUUUGCACUGUUUGUAUAUUUUACUAGAAGUAGCCAAGUAUAUGUCUUUCUGUUGAAUGUAAUAUACCUAUUAUAUUUUUGACAUGAGUGAUCUGUUGUUGAAUCAAAUAUAAUUUGUAUUUAAUUGAAA